AUGCCUGAGCAAAGCAAUGAUUACAGGGUGGUGGUGUUUGGAGCAGGAGGCGUUGGCAAAAGUUCGCUGGUCUUGAGGUUUGUCAAAGGCACUUUCCGAGACAGUUACAUCCCUACAAUUGAAGACACCUACAGGCAGGUGAUCAGCUGUGAUAAGAGCAUAUGCACUUUGCAGAUUACUGACACAACGGGGAGUCAUCAAUUUCCUGCCAUGCAACGUUUGUCUAUUUCCAAAGGACACGCUUUCAUUUUGGUCUAUUCUAUCACCAGCCGACAGUCCUUGGAAGAACUCAAACCUAUCUAUGAACAGAUAUGUCAGAUCAAAGGGGAUAUAGACAGCAUCCCAAUCAUGUUGGUGGGAAAUAAGAAUGAUGAGGACCACAACCGAGAAGUGCAGACUAGUGAUGGAGAAGCCAUGGCCAAAAAAUGGAAGUGUGCCUUUAUGGAGACUUCUGCUAAGAUGAACCACAAUGUGAAAGAGUUAUUUCAAGAGCUGCUGAACUUGGAGAAACGUAGGACUGUGAGCUUACAGAUUGAUGGGAAAAAAAGCAAGCAACAAAAAAGGAAAGAGAAGCUGAAAGGCAAGUGUGUCGUCAUGUGAAAACUACAUUGCCCCAGAGUGAUCAUCUAAACUUAUUCUUUGGACUGUACCAGGUUUCAGACCUAUACACAAUGGGAGAAAUGUGAGACUGUUUUAUUAAUAUGUGAGACUGUUUUAAAAGAAAUAUUAAUGAAACAGAAGCAGUUGUAUGGAAUAGAAGUACUACAUCAAUUUCUAGACGUUAUCCUUUUAUAAAUUAGCCAUUAACAACAGCAAAAAUAGUUCCAAAGAAUCAACAGUAUCUAAUUUCAAGAUCACAGACAAUAAUACAUGCGAACUCCCACCAGCAUCACUGUUGUCAUAUAAGAAUUGGGAGUUAGACAUUUCAAGGUUUAUGCUACUGAUAUGUGUAGAAUUCUGAAAGAUGUAUUUAUCUACAAAUAUAUAUAUAGACAUAUUUGGAAGCCUAAAUUUAGGAUUAAGGUAAAAUGGCUUUCCUAUAUUUCCAGUUUCUCUUCUUCCAUUAUGUUGACCUGAUUUUCCCAUAACACUAUCAAUUGUUUAUUUAAUUCAUUGGUUGUUGAAUUCAGGAUUGUCAUGAUGUGCAACAUAGGUGUGGUAAUGAAUCAUGUUUUCCUAACCACGAACAAUUAAGAAAGAGAACUCAUGGUUUGUUGUUGGCUUGUGAACUCUGGGUUGUUUAAACCAAGGAUUGUUGUUUCAUGUGAACCUAGAAGAGUUGUUAAUGGUUUAUGAAAAAAGCAUUAACAGGUUAGUCACAAUUAAGAAUUGUAUAAUAAACCCCGUCACUCUAAAUGCCGGGAUAGGAGUUGACAAAGGCUGAGGAAACAGAUAACCCAGAGUGAUAGAAAACUAACUAUGGCUUGUUUAAUUGUCUGUUAGGCAAAUCUUGGGUGGGGCAACAAACCAUGAGUUAUAUAUACCAUGAGUUAGUAUUAUGUAUGAACCAGGUCUCUGUGUCCUGUUCUUACACACAUCCCUUACAAAGUUGAUGAACAGUGUUUGAACUAGAUGGAGUAUUUCUCAUCUUUGUGACUCAUCUAGCACAUACAUCAGAGGAUGUACUGGCUAUAUUCACAUGCCUUUACAACAUGCAGCUUUAAAUAUUUUUUCAAUGAUGUAGAAUACACCAUCAGAUCACCUUCCCCUUGUAAGUAAUUUAGUUCAGUCAUUCCUAAUUAGAGUCUAAGAUAGCAUGAAAAUGGUGCAUGAAUUGAAGGAAAUACUUUUGACCAAAGGAUGAAGUUGGCAGGGCAAGUUUCUAUAAUACUUAACUUGCUAUAUAUUUAUUUUUAUCUUGCAACACAGAACUUGACUAUUGAUACUCUAUUAUCCAAAGGGUUUCUAGUAUAUAUGGAUACUGGCUGAAUUACUGAAUAACUGUAAGCUAUUUUUUCCUAACUUUUAUUCGUAGCAAAGAUCAAAUUGACAAGGAGAAACUGAGCAUUUACCCAGAAGCUAGGUGAGAGGCCAGAGGGCUUGGCAUAAGAAUGAUGAAGGAUUUUCUGGGGCUCUAAAAUGUACAGACAGUCUCCAAGGGGAAGUAAGGCUUUCCAGUGUAGACAUUUGAGCAAUGAAGGAAUAAUGAGGGAUACAAGUUCCUCUCCUGUCCCCUUCCUUACAUAUCAAGAUUGUGCUCUUUAAAAUGAUUGAAUAGAGAUACCAUGAUUUGUAGCUCUUGGUUGAACUGGUAAAACCACUGUGCAAAAGUCCACUUACAUUGCAGUACAUGAAACAGAACAGAAUUUUAAUGUUAUUAUUCAAGACUAUUCUUAGGAGAAUAAGCUACUUUUGCAGGAGAACAAAUUAAUAUUCUGGCAAGUGUGUAUAAUAACAGUUAGAAAAUGCAGUUAAGUGCUCAUAAAAAUAGCACAUGUAUUACAUUUUAAAUGUCACCCAAGAGCUGUUUAAAUGCUUCCCUCACUUUUGAAUAUGCAUUGCUCUCAAAUACAUUAAUGCUAUGUGAGCCCUACAUCCUCAGCAGCCGAUUCACACGAAGACAGAGAAAUGCAGACAAGGGAGUGCCUGCAGGAUAAGGCUACGGUUCACUCUUACAUACUUUCCAUCUUCCAAAUGCAAGUAGAAAUGUUUCCCGUUUUCUGGAUAUGGGAGGCUUAGAGGUUUCUGAAACACCAAGGGUGAAGACAGAAGCCCACACAGAUGUGUGGGUUAAAGA